AUGUUACAGACACCAUCGCGUGCGUCCAGCGCCUCCUCCUCCUCCUUCCAACCCGUCUCGCGCCAGAACACAAUGUCGAGCGUCAACGAUGGCAGCCGGUCGGCGAGGCAGUCGAAGAGGUACUCGUCCGUGACCGCGCUAUACAUGAGCAUGUCCGCAAAUGAGCGGGAUCUGGAAAUCGAGGACGACCUGGCCAAGGCGCAGAAGAUUCUGCGCGAACUGAAGUCCAAAAUCUCCUCGCAGUCGAAGAAGAACUUUGUGCUUGAGAAGGACGUCCGAUAUCUGGAUUCGCGUAUCGCCCUCCUGAUUCAGAACCGCAUGGCGCUGGAGGAGCAAAACGAGGUCGCGAGCCAUCUUGAGGAUGCUGGUGAUUUGCAGGAAGGUUUCUUCCCCAAUGACGAGAAGACUCAGAAAUACGGCAACCUGUUGUUCCUGCUUCAGUCUGAGCCGAGGCAUAUUGCUCAUCUUUGCCGACUUGUCACCAUGGCUGAGAUCGAUGCGCUCUUACAGACAGUCAUGUUCACAAUCUACGGAAACCAAUAUGAGAGUCGAGAAGAGCAUUUGCUCUUGACUAUGUUCCAGUCCGUUCUAACCUACCAAUUCGAUAAUACCCCUGAAUAUUCGUCCCUGCUUCGUGCCAACACACCCGUCUCUCGAAUGAUGACCACAUAUACUCGCAGAGGCCCAGGACAAAGUUACCUCAAGGCGGUUUUGGCAGAUAGAAUCAACGGCCUCAUUGAGCUGAGAGAUCUCGAUUUGGAAAUCAACCCCCUGAAGGUCUAUGAGAAGAUGAUUGAGCAGAUUGAGGAAGAACACAACAAGCUGCCAGAUAACCUGCCCAGAGGUGUAACUGCGGAACAGGCUGCGGAGAACCCCCAAGUUCAGGCCAUCAUCGAGCCUCGUCUCGGUAUGUUGAUGGAGAUCGCCAAUGGAUUCCUCACCACGAUCAUCGAUGGACUUGAGGAGACCCCUUACGGAAUCAGAUGGAUCUGCAAGCAGAUUCGCAGUCUCACAAAGAGAAAGUACCCAGAUGCCAACGACCAGAUUAUUUGCACGCUGAUCGGCGGAUUCUUCUUCCUGCGCUUCAUCAACCCCGCAAUUGUCACCCCCAAAUCAUAUAUGUUGAUUGAGGGGACUCCUGCUGAGAAGCCCAGGCGAACUUUGACUCUUAUCGCUAAGAUGCUUCAAAACCUGGCUAACAAGCCAUCCUACGGUAAGGAGCCAUAUAUGGCAAAGCUGCAGCCAUUCAUUCAGGGGAACAAGGAGCGCAUCAACAAGUUUAUGCUUGACUUGUGCGAGGUCCAGGACUUCUACGAGAGUUUGGAGAUGGACAACUACGUUGCUCUAUCAAAGAAGGAUCUCGAGCUAUCCAUCACGCUGAAUGAGGUUUACGCCACGCACACCCUCCUCGACAAGCAUCGCGUGGAGCUGAACAAGGACGACAACUCUCAUCUGGCGGUUAUUCUUGCUGAGCUCGGCCCAGCACCAGCACAGCUUCCUCGCAAGGACAACAGGGCCAUAAACUUGCCCCUUUUCAGCAAAUGGGAGACCGCCAUCGACGAUCUCACAGCCGCGCUCGAUAUCACUCAGGAAGAGGUCUUCUUCAUGGAGGCAAAGUCAACCUUUGUGCAGAUCAUGCGCUCGAUACCUGGAAACCCACACGUAGCGCGCCGCCCGCUGCGUCUCGAAAAAGUUGCUGAUGCAGCAGCGACCUCGCGGAACGAUGCUGUCAUGGUUCGCAAGGGUAUUCGUGCCAUGGAGCUCUUGUCCCAGCUGCAGGAGAUGCGCGUCAUCGAUAGGGGAGAUGGCUUUGCGACACUUCGCGAUGAGAUUGAGCAGGAAUUACACCACCUUGGCUCUUUGAAGGAUGGAGUUGUUCUGGAGACGGAGAAACUCGAUGAAGUCUUCAAGACUAUCCGUGACCACAACACCUACCUUGUGAACCAGCUUGAGACAUACAAGAGCUACCUGCACAAUGUUCGAGGCCAGGCGGAAGGCACCCGAAGGAAGCAACAGCAGCAGAAGGUUCUAGGACCUUACAAAUUCACGCACCAACAGCUCGAGAAGGAAGGUGUCAUCCAAAAAAGCAAUGUGCCAGACAACCGGAGGGCGAACAUCUACUUCAACUUCACGAGCCCGUUACCCGGAACCUUCGUUAUAAGUUUGCAUUACAAGGGACGCAACCGUGGACUGUUAGAGCUUGACCUCAAGCUCGACGAUCUCCUCGAGAUGCAGAAAGACGGCCAAGAGGAACUCGACCUCGAAUACGUCCAAUUCAACGUCCCCAAGGUCCUCGCGCUCCUCAACAAGCGCUUCACCAGAAAGAAGGGAUGCGCCCGUUCUGACCAGUACGCACUCAGCCGCCAACGCCGUCCCGGUUUGAGAACAACCAUCUUCGCACUUCUGAGUACGGCAUCGAACGUUUUGUGCAAUACAGGGCGCGAACAAGGAGGCAAAGCAGCGCCCUGGCUAUUCAAGAAGAGAAGGCAAGAAGCAGUCCGUCAGGCGCAGAGCAGCAGCAUCAUGCCCGCCAUAAUCGACGACCCCACCACCCCCACCAUCUACCGCCGCUCCGGCACCUCCCCCUUCCCCGACCCUCACGACCCCCAACCCUCCCUCCCCGCCGACCUCACCCCGCGCCAAGUAACCCUCCGCGACCGCACCACCAUCGCGACCAUCGUCCCGUUCUCCUCGCGCUAUGGCGUGCCUCCCACCUUACUCCAGUAUCUGAGCGAUACCAUGAACAAGGAGAUCGAGGGGGGCGACACCUACCCCAUGAUGGAUACCAUGACCGCCGACGCCUUCAGCAAGUACUGGUUCCAGAACUUCGGCGCCGUGAUGCUACUAGGCACUUAUGCGUCUGCGUCGGCCGUCACAGAAGGCCACGAUUGGUCCACGCAGUGCCUAGGCUCAUUCUACAUCAAACCCAACUACACAGGCCGCUCAAGCCACAUCUCCAACGCCGGCUUCCUCGUCACCGACUCCGCGCGCAACCGCGGCGUGGGCCGGUUGAUGGGGGAAGCCUACCUAGCCUGGGCCCCUCUGCUGGGGUAUACCUACUCGGUCUUCAACCUCGUGUACGAAACCAACGUCGCCUCGUGCCGAAUCUGGGACGCGCUCGGCUUCAAGAAAAUCGGCCGCGUCCCCGGCUGCGGCAAUCUGCGCUCCUACCCUGAUAGGUUGGUUGACGCGAUUAUCUACGGCCGCGAGCUCGGCGGGGCGCUGGACGAGCAGGCGGGCGAGGAGAGAUUCGAUAAGAUUCGCUUCUACCUCAAGUACGGGACCUACCCCCACGGCGCCGAUCGCGCGGAGAAAAGCAGAUUACGCAGCGCAGCCACGCAUUAUCGGCUCCGCGAAGACGACGUCCUGAUGCUGAAGGGGAGGGAGGUGGUGCCGGAGGUGGAGAGGCAGUGGGGGAUUGCGCGGGAAGUGCAUGAGCGUGGGCAUGGGGGGAUAAAUCGGACUACGACGGCGAUAGCGGAGGGUUUUCACUGGGUGAGGAUUAAGGAGACGGUGAGUGAUGUGAUUAGGAAUUGUAAGGAGUGUAAGGAGAAGGAGGCGGCGAAGGGGGUGGUGCCUGCGAAGAGGAAGGUGCUGGAUGGGGGGGAGGGGGAGUAUGUGGCGCUGGGGGGGAGUGGGGAGGGUAGUCCUGCGUUGCUCCCUGCUACGGAGGAUGGGGAUGUAGAUGCGUUCCAUGACCCUCCAUCCCCUAUCCCGCAGGAAAAGACGCUGACUGCCCCGCCGCAUCAGAUGGGCGGGGAGCAGCCAUAUUACACGGCGCUGGAGUACGCGGGGCAGCCGCCGAGUGCGUUUCAGACGGGGGCGGGGCAUGGGGAGAUGGCGCAGGGGCAUUUACAUGAUGGUGCUGCGGGGUUGGAGUUGGAUCCGAGGAUUAUGGGGGGGUUGAGGGAGGAGUUUGCGUUGGGGUUUGGGGGGUUGCAUGAUGCGGGGGGUGGGCACCAUGGAUUUGAGGAGGAGGCGUUUCAUUUGGGGCAGGAUGGAGGAGGGGGGAGGAAGUGGGAGGGGUAG